CUAUACAUCUGCUCAUCUUUUUCAACAAUUUAUAUCACCCUCCCCUUAUCUCAUUCAUCGUUGAAUACCUUCCGCCUUUAACCAUUUGCUUCCCUCACCACCUCAAUCACAUUCUUUCUCUCAUUUUCAAACCAUACUCCUCUUUAUCCCAUCGAUUUUUUUGACCCGAUCUUAGAUUGGUUGGGUCAUAUAAACGACAGUGUAGUGUGAGGCUCGGGUAAGCAUGAAUCAUCGAACAAGGCCAAGCGAUAAACACAUCAGGGUUGCUCUAAUUUGAUGAAUAUUGAAAAAAAUUGGUCUAUUCUCAUAAUCGAGCCCUAAAUCUAUAUGGAUUCAAGAUUAUGUUUUUAUUUUGUCAUUAUCUCUUUCACUCUCAUAUAACGUUGUUGAUCAUUAGGGUUUAUAUUACCUUCCUCUUGGAUUACAACAAGAUAUGUUAUCCUUAAAAAUUCCCUUUGUUGGUACAUUUUUUUUAUUUCAUCACAAGUUAUGUAUUAUCAGUUUUUGUCUUUCUUUGAGUCCUAGAGUUUCUAUAUAUCACCUGACCAUCAUCAUCUGUUUUUUUGUACACACGAUAUUGAACAAAAUCAAGACCAAAUAAGAAUCAAGGAAGACAAAACUUGGUUCAAAAACCAUUUACCCACUAAAGUUUUGUUUCAUUUCAUAAUCGAAUUUGUAUGCCAUUAUUUAUUUGUUUUGUGGAUUAUUUAUAAUUUACUGGAUUUUAAGAUUUUUUAGGUUCUUCAAACUUUAUGAUUGAUGGUGUAGUUUUUUUUUUCAAGUUAUUUCGAGUCAUACAUAGCUGGAUUCCAUCUUUUCCUCUAAAAAAAGCCAAAUUUGCAAGUUCAUUACAUACCAGUUCCUUCUUCACUGGAAUGGAAUGGGUUAUUCCAUUAAAAUGGAAAAAAUCCUGUUUUUGUGUUUGUUUCUUCUAUAGGGUAUGCAAUUUGGAUAUUAUUCUCAUAUUAUGUGGGUUGGAUGUUAACCUUCAUACGGGUAUAUAAUUACUGUUUAGUUUGGAUUUCGUGAUUGUUUAAGCUUAAUAAAAUUAAAAUGGGAUAUCUAAGACCCAACACAACUUUACUAAGCAAGCUUUUACAUAAGCUCUCUCUCUCUCUCUCUCUCUCUCUCUCUCUCUCUCUCUCUCUCUCUCUUUCUCUGUGUGUGUUUCUUUUCUCACUUACGAUUCCUUAUCUAAGGUAAAAGCAAGUUUACUAAAGUGCAAGGAGCUUGCAAGAAACGAUAAAAGAAGAUCCCCUUUCUAAUCCUAAAAUCUACCAUUUAUUGGGAGCCUAAAAAACUGAUAAAUCUCUUUUUUUCCUUCUAUUUUAUAUUUGCUUAAGUUCUUUGGUUUCUGUGUUUUAUUAUAUAGUGGCUAAAGGAGUUCAAAAGUCUUGAACUAUGGUUUCUAAUUUCAUACAAUUUGUGUGUUUUUUUCUUUUUCUGCCACGUUUUUAGAAGUUGUCAUUGAACAUUCAUGGUAAGCAACAGUUUCUAGCAAUUAUUUUGUUAUUGUGGCUAUAGAGAUGAGUGAGGGUCAUGAUUUAUGGUUAAACUCAUAUGCAUCUUUCCAUUAAUGGUAAUUUCAUCUUGAUUUCUCAUGCAUUUUGAUUUUUUUAUUUCAUAUUAAGAUUGCUUUGGUUUAUUAUUUCUAGAUGCAUAAAUAAAUGAGUAUGUUGUUUUGUCAUUGUUUCCUUUGAAAUAUAAACUAUUUUUGGUGAUUUAUUAAUAUGGUUUUGUUGGUUUAAAUGUAUGUGGAAGUCACAGCCCUCCAUCCAAAGAUGGAUAAAGGCCCAUAACUUAUGUCUGUCUUGCUCCCUAGUCCAAGCGGUCCUCAGAUUAAAAUACAAAUGUUCGGCCCUUAAUAUGAGUCUGGCAUACCAACCGAUCCUCAGAUCGUAUCUAGAAGGCUACUGAGCCCUCAAUAGGAGUUUGGCAUGCCCCAUCCGACCCUCAGCUCAUACCUGGAAUGCUCCAAUAUCCUUAAGCCCUCAUGUAAUAGCCCGGAUUUCCAGGAAGAGGAAAGGCAAGCUAGAAGAGUUGGGGAGCUUGGAUCUUCUUUCAUUUCAUCAGAGGAGGCUUCUUGAGGAGGAUUAUAGCUCGGAGGAUCGAGCACGAGUGAUUUCCCGGAUUCGCGAGUUAUCGAGAUAUACGAGAGGUAGAUCAUGGUGAGGACACGCUUGAUGCCUGAGAGCAGUGGUACCAGUGAUGAGGAGAUCCGCCGGAUCAUUCAUGAGGAGGUGGCUGCGCCCAUCAGGGCAAAGAUACCAGAGAUGUUUGGGUCUAUUAAGACCAUGCUGAUCGAGACCUUUGACGAGCAUUAUGCCGCUCUUUCUGAGGCUACUGUUGCAGCGGCCACUGCAGCAAUUGUUGCUGCGAGGCCGCAAGGUGGUGAUGCGUUGCUGUUCCAAGAGUUCAGCAACACAAAAACCACCAGAGUUUGAUGGGACCCAGGAUCCGGUGGCAGCGAUGAGGUGGAUAUCUGAUAUAGAGGGGUGUUUCUUCACUUGCUCAUCUCCUGAGCAUUUGAAGGUUCGGUUCGCGCUGAACCAGCUUCGCUUGGGAGCGAAGGACUGGUGGAAGUUUGUGACGGCGCAUUAUACGCCUGCUGAGCUUGCGGCAGUGACCUGGGAGAGGUUCACUGUCAUGUUCCGAGAUGAGUACGUUCCCCAGGUGGAGAGGGAGCGUUUGGCACAGGAGUUUCUGACCCUCAAGCAGGGUACUGAGUCAGUUACAACGAUCACGAGGAUGUUCCAUGAGAGGGCGAUGUUUUGCCCUGAGCACGUGUCCACUGAGAAGGCACGUAUGAGCCGUUAUUUGAGCAUUCUGAGGAGGGAUAUUCGGGAGUUCGCGGCGAACUCCUCGUACCGGACAUUUUCCGAGCUUCAGGUAAAUGCCCGGAAGAGGGAGAUUGAGCUAGAGACUCAGGCCAGGGAGGAGGUGGAGUCGCAGGGGAGGGAUCGGCGACCGGCACAGUCUCAGCCGGCAGCCAAGCGGGCCAAGCCUGCUGAUCCCAAACCAGGGAGCCAGAAGGGCCGCACUUGUGGGAAGUGUGGCAAGGGUCACGAUGGAGUCUGCAGAGCGGAAUCUUGCUACAAAUGUGGCAAGGAGGGGCAUAUGGCCAAGGAUUUCCCCAAGGGGUUUGCAGUGUGCUUUCACUGCAAUCAGACCAGACACCGGAAGGCAGAGUGUCCGCAGUUGCGAGGGUCAUCUCAGGGAGCACCUCAGGGAUCUGCCCCUGCCGCCAUCAGAGCUACAGAGAGUCGGCCAGUGAAGGCCGAGGCGCCGAGGGCACGGGGGAGAGCCUUUCAGCUGACCGCAGAGGAGGUCCGCGCAGCGCCCGAUGUCGUGGCUGGUAUGUAUUCUUUCAUGUAUUUAUUUUGAUGUUGUGAUAUUAUGCUUAUGUUAUGUUAUGCGUAGGUACUUUUCUUGUGAAUUCUGUACCUGCCUUGGUGUUAUUUGAGUCGGGUGCGAGUCGGUCUUUUGUAUCUUUGGCUUUUAGUCAGCAUAUCAGUGUCAGUCGUGAGGCGUUGAGUCGGCCUCUGAGAGUUUCCAUAGCUGAUGAGAGGGUGAUAUAUGCCACGGAGGUUCUCCGAGGGUGCGUAGUUGAGAUUUUCAUAUUUAAGUUCCCGAUUGAUCUAGUUCCUAUUGCUAUGGGUGAUGUCUGUGUCAUGGUGGGCAUGGAUUGGUUGAGCAGAUUUGGUGCGGUUAUUGAUUGUGAGCGGCAGCUGGUGACCAUACGAGACCCUAGUGGGGGAGUUCUUUCGGUAUACGGCGAGGGUACACGUUCAGGAUCAGCGUUUUGUUCGGCCGCUAGAGCGAGGCAGUGUCUACAACAGGGCUGUAAGGGUUUUGUGGCGUAUGUGAUGGAUACGCGGGUGGAUUCCGAGAGGCCGAGUUCAGUUGAGGAGGUUCCGGUGGUGCGUGAGUUCCCGGAUGUGUUUCCCAAGGAGUUGUCGGGUGUGCCUCCUGUGAGGCAAGUGGAGUUUGGUAUCGAUUUGGUUCCGGGGGCCGCGCCUAUCACCAAGGUGCCUUAUCGCCUUGCACCUCCAGAGAUGCAAGAGUUAUCCUCGCAGCUUCAGGAGCUGCUGGGGAAGGGGUUUAUUCGGCCGAGCAGCUCGCCAUGGGGAGCACCUAUCCUGUUCGUCAAAAAGAAGGACGGUUCACACUGGAUGUGUAUUGAUUACCGGUAGUUGAACAAGCUGACGGUCAAGAACCGUUACCCGUUGCCGAGGAUCGAAGAUUUGUUCGACCAGCUGCAGGGAGCAUCAUGGUUCUCCAAGAUCGAUUUGAGGUCUGUCUAUCAUCAGGUGAGGGUGCGGGAUGAGGAUGUCCAGAAGACAGCG